CAUAUGUAUUCCGUUAUAAUAUAACAUCAUGGACGAUGAAAAAUUAAUAUUUUUAGUACGAAACAAAGAGUGUUUAUUCAAUCUUACCCACAAAGAUUACACUGAUAUCGGUUUGAAAAUGAGAAUAUGGAAAGAGAUUGGCGACGAGAUGGGACUGUCAGGGGCUGAGUGUAAAUACAGGUGGUUCAGCUUAAGAGAUCAGUACCGCAGAUCAGUGAGAAGUAGUAAGAGAACUUCGUCGGGUCAAAAUAGAAAAUGGAGGUACGAUCACGCAAUGUCAUUUUUAUUGCCGCACCUUCAGGAACGAGACACGUGGUCGAACGUUUCGGAAGAGAUCGAGUCCGAGGACCCCAGAAUUCUCGAUGGAGACGAGGCCGUGAACCCAUCCAAAGAGGACCAUUACACGUUGCAGCGACAUCUCGAUCCAUUGUUCAUCGAACCGGAGCUAAACUCCUCGUCUUCGCGAGAUGAAAACGUUAUCGCUACUUUCAAGCCACCGUCCCUCUCGCGAUCGAAGAAAUCGAAGACCAAACAAACGGACGAGACACCGACGGCCGCGUCGAUCUCGGAGCAUCCGAUGGACGCGUUCCUUUACGGUGUCGGGCAAACGAUAAAAACUUUUCCACCGAUCUAUCAACACAUGGCUAAACUGAAGAUAUUCAACAUCGUGUCGGACAUAGAAAUGCAGUUACUAAUAGCGCCGCAGACGCCAAUAGGAACUCCGUUCAUUCAAAUUAGCACCGACGAUCGGUUCCUGAGCCAAAAAACGUUUACUCAAGAGAUACCAAUGGCGGACUGUUCGCAAGACAAUUACGUGAAAGUAACCGUUCCAUGCACUCCAGUGAUAUACGAAAGUUCUCAAUCACCGUCAUCGUGUGGAAGCCAAUCAUCGUAAAUUAGUUUCUUGUAUCGUAUAUACGUGUAUGAAGUUAGUUUUCUAAGGUUCGACGAUUACUACCAUAGGGUAAGAUUUAUCGUCGAGUUAAACGAACGUAUAAGCGUGUGAUGUUGGAAAGAAUUUUAUUCGAAUAACGGAUGACGAAUAAAAAUUCUAGAGAUUAUUUGCCACGUUCAUCCAACAAUUAUUCGUUCAACUGGAAACAUAAUUUAAACGAAUAAUUCAAAUUGUGAUUUGUUUAUUUUUUAUUCGUUAUUCGAAAUUUUAUAUCUAAAUAAGAAUUUCGUCUAUCUGUGAUGAAUUGUAUGAUUGAGUGUGAACGACGUGUCUCAUACAGAGAUAUUAAACGAAUGUUAGAUUUUAAUAUUUUUUGAAAUGUUGGUGCUAUUUUUGAUAAUAAUAUCAUUAAACUGUGAUUAAUACAUUCUAUAAUCUCACUUCAAUGUUUUGUACAAUGUAUAAAACUUUCUCCCUUGAUUACCCUUGUAAAUUUUUUUCCUUGGCAAUUAAUACCUUCAAAUUUUCAAACAGUUUAACCUUUUAAGUGUGAAAUGCUGAAGGUGUAUUUAAUAAGCAUACUCAC